AUGGCAUUAUAUUACAAUUUAGUAUUUGGUUUAUUGGUUAUUGAAAUGGUUUUAUUCACCACUUUAUCAUUACCAUUGCCAUCAAAAAUUAGAAAACCAAUUUUAAAAGCAAUUUCUGCUCCAUUCCAAAAAACUGAAGUUAACGUUGCAAUAAAAUGUGUAUUAGUUUUCAUUUUUGUUUUAUUUGUUGAUUCUGUUAAUAGAGUUAAUACAAUUAAUGAAGAAUUAACUGGAUUAUCAACUUCACAAAAUUUAGAUCCAACAAUUCAUAAUACUUAUAACCCAAUGGCUGAUCGUUCUGAAAUUCAAGCUAGAAGAUUUUAUGCUCAAAGAAAUAUGUAUUUAACUGGAUUUACAUUAUUUUUAACUUUAAUCUUAACAAGAACUUAUAGAUUAGUUGCAGAAUUAUUAAGUUUAAAAGAAGAAUAUAGAUCUGAUCCUGAUCAUGUUUCUUCAAAUGAUGAAAUUGCUCAAUUGAAAAUUAAAAUUAAACAAAAAGAUGAAGAUUUAGAAAUUUUAAAAAAUCAAGCAAGAAGUUUAGCAAAAGAAUAUGAUGAUUUAGGAUUUCAAUCAACAGGAUCAUUUUCAAAACUUAAAUCUGAAAAAAAAUUAGAUUUAACAAAAGAUGAAGCUAAAACUACUGGUUCUAAAAAAUCAUCAUCUCUUGAUGAAUAA